UUUAAACACGAACGAGUACGUGCGCGCACUCGUAUUCUUUGUGUGGCAGUGUAGAGAAGCGCCAAAAGAGUGACCAUGGCUGAUGAAAAACCAAAGGAAGGAGUGAAGACGGAAAACAACGAACACAUAAACCUGAAGGUUGCAGGUCAGGAUGGAUCUGUCGUCCAGUUCAAGAUCAAAAGACACACACCGCUCAUCAAACUCAUGAAGGCCUACUGCGAGAGACAGGGACUGUCGAUGAGACAAAUCAGGUUCAGAUUUGAUGGCCAGCCAAUAAAUGAGACAGACACACCCGCACAGUUGGAAAUGGAGGAUGAGGACACAAUCGACGUGUUUCAGCAGCAGACGGGAGGCCUGAUUUAAUCAACAUGACCGUUCUCCACCUCAACACAAGCGACCCCCGGCCUGCGACACACGGCGGCUGCUUCCUCACAACUCGUCUGUCGGUCUGUCUCAACAGAAUUCCAGUCAGGAUAAGAUUCCAUUUCUCUGCGACACAAAACUGCUGUACAGUUCUGUCAUUCUCUCCCCUGUUACUUUUCUGUCUUUGUACAUAAACCACAUGGAGAUCCCUCUGACUUCAGGUUUUGUUUUUUCAUGUUGUUAUUCUAGUCAAUGUUUAAGGACUUCCCCGCUCAGUUUUGAGGUUUUUGUCAUAAAGAAGCCGACAGUUAGGACUGGUAAGACUUAUUUAAGCUGACUUUGCUCAUCGCAUAUUCUCUGUCUAGGCUUGUUCAGUGUCCAGCAGCACCGUUCUUAAAGUGUACAAUUUUGGGACAGGCGAGCACGUAGUGAACCGCAUGCCCACUUUUUGAACGGAACUGGGUCGUCAUCUGAAUUCUGCUAUGCUCAGAAAAA